AUGUUCGACUGCCAUGUUCCUGACAAGGUCAGCGUGGAGCUGGCAAUGGUGGUGCUGCGUGGCCAAGAGGUUGCUGGCAAAAUGGAAGUGAAGGUCACCGGAGAAAACUCCUAUGUUAGGGACGAAGACGUCGCCAUGGCAGUUGAUUUGCUGUACGAUCAGUCUCAGGCUGUGCAGGAGCUGCCACCGCCCCGAGAGUCUCCUGGCCAGGAUGCCACAGCCGCGGCAUGCCAAAAGAGCUUCGUGCAGGCCGUUGCUGAUACGAUCUGUUGCUUGCAAGGUGGGACUUGCUGUUGGAUGCGAAACCGAUGA